CCCCAGUCUGUGCCCACCUCGGGGGCUCUGCUUCCGCCUCUGAUUGGCUCUUCUGGGUGCCGGUCGCUAAGCCACUCGCCGCUGAUUGGUCAUCCGGCAGCCGCUCUGCGCGGCACCGGCACCGCCCCCGUAGGGUGUUUGUGGUGGGGCUGCGGAGUCGCUGAUCCCGCCGGAAGCGCUAGGACAAUGGGGACCCGGGACGACGAAUACGACUACUUAUUCAAAGUGGUGCUCAUCGGGGACUCAGGCGUGGGGAAGAGCAACCUGCUGUCCCGCUUCACCCGCAACGAGUUCAACCUGGAGAGCAAGAGCACCAUCGGUGUGGAGUUUGCCACUCGCAGCAUCCAGGUGGACGGCAAGACCAUCAAGGCACAGAUCUGGGAUACCGCCGGCCAGGAGCGCUACCGCGCCAUCACCUCUGCGUACUACCGAGGUGCAGUGGGCGCACUGCUGGUGUAUGACAUCGCCAAGCACCUGACAUAUGAGAAUGUGGAGCGCUGGCUGAAGGAGCUGCGGGACCACGCCGACAGCAACAUCGUCAUCAUGCUGGUGGGCAACAAGAGCGACCUGCGCCACCUGCGGGCUGUGCCCACUGACGAGGCCCGAGCCUUCGCAGAAAAGAACAACUUGUCCUUCAUUGAGACCUCAGCCUUGGACUCCACCAACGUAGAGGAAGCUUUCAAGAACAUCCUCACAGAGAUCUACCGCAUUGUGUCACAGAAGCAGAUAGCAGACCGCGCAGCGCACGAUGAGUCCCCCGGCAACAAUGUGGUGGACAUCAGCGUCCCGCCCACGACCGACGGACAGAAACCGAACAAGCUACAGUGCUGCCAGAACCUGUGACCGCCUCGCACCUCAUCCGAGUGUGCGUGCACGUCCUCUUCCUCUGCCUGCCCUUCAUCGCGCUGUCCUCCCUGCCCUGACCGCCUGUCCCUCUGAGACCGGCUCCCACACUCCCAUUGAGCUCCGCACAGCCUACUGGGGCUUAGGAAGAGCAGGAGUCGGGCGGCACCUCCCGUCCCCCCCUAGGAUAGCUCUAAGCCCUGGCUGCUGCACCUGCUCUUCUUGGGUCCCAGUGGGCCUCUGGGCGGGGCAGAGAGGGUGGCCCGAUGGACAGGGCCAGCCAGAGGCAUGAGGAUGGGCUCACUAAGCAGGCUUCUGCAGUUUUCCAUGGCAGACUCCAGGGAGCAAUGCCUCCUUCCCUCUCUGGCCAGCUGGCCUCAGUCCCUACCCAGAAACCCUCUGUGGGCUGAAGCCUGAAGAGUAUGUGACCAGGGGGCCGGGGCAGGCAGACACAGGCUCCCGGCACCCCACUCCCCACGCACAGCCAGCACUGGCACACGCAUUUGACCUCCAGCCUCUCCCAUGCGUGCGUGACUCCAGCUCCUGCCUGUAGAUUUAUGCUGGGAAAAGACCCCCCCUCCCCAUCUCCCCUCCUUUUUGCACGCAGCGCGCUCCCCCCCCUUCUCUGUGCCCUUCCCUUUGUCUUGUCUCCCUGUCUGGUCAGGAACCUAUUUGCAAGUGAAGCAAUAUCUCCGUGUUUUGUAUAUACAACCGCUCUUGUAGCCUUUGGUUUUUUUGUUACUGUAGAGAAACACAGAUUCUUUAUACACUUUGUAAGAUUGACGCCAAACCCCAGCUCUCGGAUCUCUUAUUCUCCCUGUGGCCCCUCCUGCACUGUUGCCCGAUGCCUCAUUUCUCUGGCCCGUUACUAAAAUGUAUAAUCCGACUUCCUGGACAGAAA